AUGGAGAAACAGCAGGUGGGGUCUUCCAAUAUACUCCAGGAGAGUACGACCCAUCAAGCGGGCCUGCCCCUCAGGACCAGCUGCCAAAAUUGGGCCCUUCCAGGUGUUGGCAAGGUAGCAAAAGCAUGUCUGCACAGGGGCGUCCACCUCCUCCCAGGCAUCGAUGGUGUGUGCACUCGCCAUUCGAAGAAAAGUGAGCAACCAACUAAGGAUGCCGCGAGCCAGCUGACGUCGAGUGAUAGUCACCCAUGUCGAUUUCGCCACCAGAGAAGUGGCACUCAAGAGGGACGAAAAUUUCAGCCGCACGCACCUCUUAAUGCCGGAUGCCGUCUCCAUGGAGACUCUGCCCGCAGUUCAAAGCUCCCCUCCGUCAGCAGACAUCUGAAGCCUGUUUUGCAGACUACUCACGAAUCGCUCACCUCACAUGUGCCAUUAGGGUUACAGAUCAAAGUAUCAGGCCAGAGGGACGGGCUCGGUAUAAGCAUAGCUGGUGGGAAAGGUUCUUUGCCUUACAAAGACCACGACGAGGGUAUUUUUAUUUCCAGAGUCACAAAAGGGGGGCCCUCGGAAAAAGCAGGGGUCCACGUUGGAGACAGAUUACUGGAGGUCAACAACCUCAGCAUGCGGGGAGCGACUCACUUGGAGGCCGUCCGAGCCCUGAGGAAUGCCGGGAGCUGUAUUAAAAUGAAAGUGUUGCGGGGAGGCUCGCAUGUGAGACGGCAGUUGACGGAUGACACUUGUGAUGCUGAAGAUGCUGCGAGCUGGCGGCUGUGCGGCCACGACGCCGCCAAAUGUCACAGCGGCACGCCGCACAAGGUGGAGGGCAGGGAUGACUGUUUAUCCAAGAAAAUGGACGCGGUGGUGUGCAACGGCAACGGCAUUGCUGAUUUCAAGAGUGACUUGCUGAGAUCUCAAGUCGGGGCAGAGGCUUUGACCAAAAGAAAUUUGCAUUUGGACAAAAACGCAAUGAAAAUUCCGCGGAUAAUCCUCACUCAUCCCUCCACGUCUGAUGAAGAUGCAGAGCUCUCACAACAAGGUCCCAGCAGAGAGGCGCAACCCGAUUCAGACAUUUCAGAGAGUCGUGUCCCUUUGGAAUGUUUUGACAGCGCAUUUUAUCCACCUUGAACGUAUGGAAACUUGAAACAACUGAGGGGACUUGAAAACAAACACAAGAAAAUGGUUGUUCCAAUUGCAGUUUUUUUUUUAAUUGCAGAUAAAUUAGUCAUUGACAAAUACUGUCAUAUUUAUUAUUUUGGAGAUCUGCGAUUGGCUGGGAACCAGUUCAAGGUGUACCCCGCCUACUGCCCUUCAAGGACAGCUCGUGAGGACAAAUGGAUUAGAAAGUGGAUGGACGGAUAAUUAUGUUAUUCAUGUAUGUUCUCUAUAAGGUAAAAACAGCUAAAAAAUAUGUUUAUAUAUGAGGAGCUGGAACAGAUUUAUGACCGUAUUAUCCAUGUUGCUUCCGGGUUCCGGAACUUCCAUUGUUAUGAAUUGAUCGUUAAUGUAAUAUAGUACUAGAAAGUUUAAUCCAUAAAUUUGUUUUUUUUACUGGCUUCGGGGAUUUCCAUUUGACAGAGGUCCGCAGGUGGUGGAUAAGAUUUCUCCCUCUAUCUCUCCCCCUCUCUCUUCGUCUCCCCCUCCCUUCCUGUGCUCUACAACUUCAAGUAACUGCGCCACCUGGUGUUGAAAUGCCUGUCAUUACAAGUCCAAAUGAAAUGAAUGCAAUCAUUCACAUCAAACCUUAAUUGUGUACCAACCUCCGGCGGGCCGGAAUAAAAAGGCCAAGGGGCUGGAUCCGGCCCACAGGCCGUAGUUUGCCCACAUCUGCUCUACACAGUAUAAUUCA